AUGGCUUUGUAUAGUGACGGACGGUAUAAGGAGGCCGAAGAGCUGUUUGUGCAAGUGAUGGAGAUGAGCAAGAGGGUGCUUGGGGAGGAGCAUCCAGACACGCUUCUCAGCAUGGGCAACCUGGCGUCGACGUAUAGGAAUCAAGGCCGGUGGAAGGAGGCCGAAGAGCUAAGCGUGCAAGUGAUGGAGACGAGAAAGAGGGUGCUUGGGGAGGAGCAUCCAGACAUGCUUCUCAGCAUGGGCAACCUGGCGUCGACAAAGAGGGUGGUUGGGGAGGAGCAUCCAGACACGCUUCUCAGCAUGGGCAACCUGGCGUCGACGUACAGGAAUCAAGGCCGGUGGAAGGAGGCCGAAGAGCUGGAGGUGCAAAGGGUGCUUGGGGAGGAGCAUCCAGACACGCUUCUAAGCAUUAGCAAUUUUGCCUUCACGCUGCAGACCCAAGCUCGUCAAAAGGAGGCUUUUGCACUGAUGGAAAGAUGCUUCCUCCUGCGCCAGCAGAUCCUUGGCGAGCAACAUCCUGAUACACAGUCGUCGCUGGACACGCUGGCUAGCUGGCGAGCGGAUUGUAGUGACGAACUUUCGUGA